GAAGUUAAUUUAGUGACAUGAAAUGAAAGCCAGCGUGUAUAUAUUUCAGUCGUGUAGUUAAGCAAGUAAUUAAUACGGUUUCCCAGACAUGAUAAGCUUAAGUCUUCAAAAGUUGAUCAUUUCUUAUUUUUGAUGCCUUUUUUCUUCUUUUUUGCCUAUGCUAUUCCUCGCUGUCAUCUUGUGAUCUUUGAACGUGGAAGAAGAAAGUGCGCCUUUGAAUUGCGGUUUGCUCGAGUUUGUUGGAAAGUUGUUUGAAUGCGGUACAAUAGCAGAAAGCAGCUUCAAAGAUUUUUCGGAUACUCCUAGGUUGUGAUUGUGCCGUUACAUGUAGCUGUCAUCGCAUGGUUGACGAAGAAUUGUUGCCGUUUUGAAAUGGGGGUCAUUUACAACAAAAUACGCUGUAAUUUCAAUAUGGCUGUACGUGAAUACGUCGCACUGGAGUAGCGGGCAUGAUCUCUAUAUAGCAUAACAAGGCUGACUUGCCAGUAAUAUGUUUUCAUCUAAAACUAUGAAGUGUAACUAAAUACAUUGUGCAGCGAAGUUGUUGUGAAAUUAAAUUCGAGAAAUCAAUAAAUGAAGCUCGUUCUAGCAGCAGCAGCUGCUGCUGCAUGUCAGUUAUUUUGCACAGGUAGCUGUUGGCUGGAAAUUACUUUCCUAGCCAACAAUGCGGCGAACUUGGCGAAAUAGAAUCAAGAUUACUGAACUCAACGCCAAUUUGGUAUGUGUGCUUUGCGGAGGAUAUUACAUAGAUGCUACAACCAUCAUCGAAUGUUUACAUUCAUUUUGCAAGUCUUGCAUUGUCCGUUACCUAGAAGCAAAUAAAUAUUGCCCAAUAUGUGAUGUUCAGGUUCAUAAAACACGACCUCUUCAAAAUAUUCGCUCAGAUGCAACUUUACAGCAUUUGGUUUACAAAUUGGUGCCCGGAUUAUAUCAGAAUGAAAUGCUACGGCGUCGUCAGUUCUACAGUGUGCAUUCAGAUUCAAAGCCAGAACUUCCUGAGCAGAGAGGUGAAAUAAAAAAUGACUCCAUUUUUUAUUCUCCUGAUGAAUAUGUGAAAAUAUCAUUGCAGUAUCACAGCACUUUUGAGGGCGAGGGUAGCUGUGCAGAUUUACAGUCAGUGAAGCGUUACCUGAGGUGUCCAGCUGCAGUAACGGUGCGUCAUUUACAGAAGCUGAUAAGAGCAAAAUUUGGGCUAAAGGAAGAACAUAUUGUUGAAAUUUUGUAUCUAAAUGAACCCCUUGAUGAAGAUUUUACACUGAUGGACGUUGCUUAUAUCCAUAACUGGUGCAGAGGCCUGAUGAAUUUGAGAUAUCGAAUUUUUGAAAGCUGUGCUAAGAGGUUGAAAAUAGAUUAUGGUCUGCAAGUAGAAAAAGAAGAUAGCAAAGAACUAGAUUUAGUUUGUGAUGAUGAACAAAAUGGUACCAAAGAUAAUUUGCAAAACAAACAUGCGGAAUGUGAGUUUUCUUCUUUCAGCCAACCACCUAAUAAUUUGGUGGAAUGUGAGGACACUUCAAAUGGUGAUGUGCUGCAGAAAAGUGAUGUAUCCAGUUGGAAGGAAGUGCAGAUACAAAUAAGUGAAAGUGGUGUAAUGAGUAUCACAGAUAUCACUUCAGGCAACCAGGAGUUGUCAUUAGAAAACAUUGUGUCUACAUUGAAAACAAGUGAUGAUGUUUUGGUGAAUUCAGUUGAGGUUUUCUUCUCGGAAAGCUAUGGACCAGUGGUUAAUGGUUCAGGAGAUACUAAUAACCAGAGUGAUAAAAAUUUGUUGUGUAAAAGAGUUCCAGACAAUUCAGGUUCUUCAGAAAUAGGAUCCCUGGUUGACACAACAUUUGCAACUUCCAAUUUACUCCUCCCUGGCUUAGCAGAACCUCAGUAUCUUCAGAAAACCCUUGAUUUAAAGGAAGAUGUCAGUGAUAGAAAAGAGAUUACUAAGUUCUGUGAUUCACCAGUUAUAACAGAUAACAAAAAAUCAGAUGCUGGUGUAGGUCUUGUGUCACUUCCUGAAUCACAUUCCUCUCUGGACUACAACUAUAGCAUUGACAACUCAGUUUAUCAGGCUGUGCCACAUUCAGAAAGUUUUCACACACACUGCUUAUUACAAAAAGAUACAUACUCUAAGCAGGAAAAGUCUAUUAAGGAUCAAAUUCUGAAGGGACAUGAGAAGCAAAAUUUUGCUACCCCCACUGUGACGUGCAGCUCAAGAAGAAGUACAUAUGCAAAUUCUCCUGUUGGAUAUAAGACACUGAAAACUCCACCAAAAAGUUGGAAUCCUAGUCUUUCACGUCUUAGUUAUCUUUCCUCCAAGACGAAUUCUUUGUUUCAAGAAAGAAGUGACCCCAUUAAAAAAACAGAUUCCAUGAAUGCUACAUCACCAGAUGUCUUACAGUCUUCUCAGUGCUCAGAUAAGUUAUUGAAAGAAGUUGGUGGCAGUAACAAUACAACUGUAGCAAAACCGCCACGCUUUUUUAAAAUGCGCAAUAUGCCUCGAUUUUUGGGAAAUCCAGCUUCUGGUGUUAAACGUAUGUUUCAGGUUGUGUCACCUGGUGGCCAGAAAAAUGAUGGUAUGAGAACCCCAUACUUGAGUCAGCUUCCAACUAAACAAAAUAACAUACAGCUUGUCAAAUUGAACAGCAAACCACCAAGUCAGCCAUUUACAGGUAAAAAUGGUUCUCCUCCUUUCACUCUUUCACCAUCUACAAGGACUCAUGUAGAUUCGAAUAAAUUUGUAAUGCCUGGCUUUUCUACUUAUCAGAAGAAUUUGCUACAGUAUUCUGAAUUUCAAAAUGUUUCUCCAAGAAGUGGAAUAGGUUCCAAAAAUAUAUCUCCAAGUGGAACUACUGAUAAACAUAUUAGUUCUGUGAGUGUACCAUGUGCAUCUGAAUCAGUGCCAACAAGUAUGUCUCUAUCAAAGACUCAGAACUCUCAUAUUUCACCCAAUGCAGUACAGCUGCUCUAUGGAACUUUACCUCCAGUUUCAGCACCAGUUGCUACUGUAUCAUCUCUCAUUCAGCUUCAUGAUGAUUCUCAUAUGCAGUCUCCUCCUCUAAAACAUUACAGUCCUCUUUCAUCACCUGUUGAUACCUUUGCUAAUGCACGGCAUCAGCAGAGGCAAAGUGUUUCAACUUCCAUUGAAAAGGAACAACAAAAUCCAGCACUACAUGGUCAGACUCUAGCUGGAACAGUUGCGCUACAGGGUCCCCCAGAGACAGAGCAACAGCAGAAUGUAAACAAAGAUCUUUCAAUUGCUCACAAUGACAGUAAUAGUUGCAGAACUGUGCCAGCUUCCGAUCAGCAUAAACUUUCAGUGAGCAGGAUAAUUGGAACAGUGCAGCCAAAAUUUUCACCCCAAUCUUCUUCCUCAGAAGAUGAUAAGCAGGCAGCUAAAGUCAACACAGAUAGCGCAAGAACAGCCCAAAAUUGUGCUGUCUGUGUUAUUGAGGAAACAUAUGUUCCACAGGUUUCCAAUUCUACCACUGUUACUACAGGGAGUGCAGAUAGAAUUAACUAUCCUGGAUUAACAGGAAAGUUACCAGUGUCAGAAAGUAGUUGUACUGAUUCUAAUUCAGAGACUAAUUUGAAAGGAAGGUGUGAUUCAGACCACAUUACUCUUGAUUUACAGUGUGAACAACCUCAAAAUUCAGACACUUCAAGCAGUGGCCUUAGUUCAGGACUUUGUGAUGGUGGUUUAAAAGGUACUGAGAAACCUGUGGAAGUAUUGACAACAAAUAAUAAUACAGAAUUUUUUAAUAAAGAAACUUAUGUACAUUGUGGUGAAAAGGAAAUUAUCCCAAGUGUAUAAUGUGUUUGUCAUUUUUAACAGUUUCUUAUGAACUGUGUUUUUACACAUUGUUGUGCAAUAGAAUGGUUUGUUUGUUUUUGUUGCCAUUUUAAAAUUUUGCUGCAGGAUAUUCACAAGCCCAAGUAAUAUAAUUGUGAUCACAGAUUGACCUUAUUGCAGAGUGUGUAUUGUACAAAUUAUGUUUUUAACAGUAAAUUUGUUGUUGAGAUUGGAAAUGAAAUUUUAAGAAAUUACAUAUUUAAAUUGUUGAGAGAGAAAAGAAACAAGCUAAUGUCUAAAAUGAUAAGAGAUUUAUAGCUCUUAUUGUCUAUUGUUAAUUAAUGACUACAUAAGUUUGUUGUUUAUUUGAAAAUACUUUACUGAUGCUAAAGUAAAGAUGGUAAUUUUUUAAUAUUGUAAACCUCAUUACAUUGUGUUCUGCUUCUAAUGAAUGAAAUUUAUAUAUUACCUUUAGCAGAAUAUUUUAUUUUAUGCAGUCAUUCUUAUUUUGAGUGCCUUGGAAACUGGAAUAGAACAUUCAUGUAUUACUCAACAAAGCAAAGUGUGGGCCUGGUCUUUACUUCUACUAUAGUGAUGUAUAAGUAAGAAGGCAGGUGCAUGAUGCAUUGUACUCAGUCAGAGAUGGAGAAUUCUCUGCAGCAUCACUAGUGUGUUGUCAGGCCUGUUGGUCUAGUGGUAAAAUGAAUAUCUGGAAACUGAAAAGUAACAGUUUCAAAUCCCAGCCUGAGUACAGAAUGUUUGUCUCCCUUGAAUGUAACCUUCACCUCUCAGUGAUACUAAGAUUUGCCACAAACAACUUGUUUCAGAUCACCCAAAUAAACUGUAGGUCCCCUUUUCCUGGUAGGCUUACUGAGGUAGAUUAGACACAUGCAGGUUGCUGAAUAGUGUCCAACUGAAAUUCUUGCACCAGCCAUUGAUCCCAACAGAUUUUUUAUUAUCACUACUACUACUACUACUACUACUGCUAGUAGUAGUAGUAGUAGUAGUAGUAGUAGUGGUGGUGUCACCACCACCACCGGCCGUGGUGGCCGAGCGGUUCUAGGCACUUCAGUCUGGAACCAGGCGACUGCUAUGGUCACAGGUUCGAAUCCUGCCUCGGGCAUGGAUGUGUGUGAUGUCCUUAGGUUAGUUAGGUUUAAGUAGUUCUGAGUUAUAGGGGACUGAUGACCUCAGUUGUUAAAUGCCAUAGUGCUCAGAGCCAUUUGAACUGACAUUACAAACACCACCAAUGUGUUGGCUUUGUCAAAUACCACAUGCUGGAGCCAUUGCGUAGUCUGGUAACUGAUAGUGAUACAGUAAACAUCACACCAGGACAAUGUCUUACUUGUGACUGUCUGUAGGUCAAUAUAUAUGUUUGGAAAACUAUCUCUGCUGCUUUGUAACAUCUUUGCUUUGUGCCGUCCAUAAUGAGUACUACAGAGAAUGAGUACCUUCACCACAUUUAAACUAAUAAGGAAAUCAAUACUAUACGUUGUACAGGCUCCUCGAAGCACAUGCUGCAGACAAACAUAGCAGAUUGACACUCGUAGCUGGAGUGUUGUGUGAUGCAUUGCUUUUGCCUUUAGACACUGUGCAUUGCCUCACCACCUGAGUUCUUAUAUGUACAUCACUAAAAGCCUGAUCAUGUGUCAGGAUAUAGUCACGUUAAAGUGUAAAGUGGUGCUUGCUACUAAGUUUUAGUUUAAGCAUACAAAGCAAUAACAUAAAAAAUUCCAUGGACUGCCAUGGCAGAUUGUUGUUAAUGUUAAUUGAAGACAGGAAGAAGAGUUCCAUUGAAAAUGAGACAUAAUAUGUUUCAAAAUUACUGAAAUAUUAUAAGAUAGAUGCAUGUAAAAUAUUAAAUGAGUAUUUCGUGCAGAGGUGAGUGUUAUUAGAGUAUCUUCUCCAAAUAGGAAGGAAAGAAGGUGAAAAUGUUUAAUCCAAGUGUCCUGUAGGUGACAUGCACAAGGGUGCUACAAGAGCCUGUUUCUCUUAUACUAGGCUGUUCCAGCUGGCACAGGUUGGUGGAGUUGGGUAAUCAGCUGAUGCUUGGGGAACCUUACAGCCAGGCCAUAAAGAGUAUGUGAUUGUACUGCACUGGCUGAGCACAUGUGUGCAGGGUUGGCCAAGCAGAUCGUGCGUGUGCAGAACACAUGUAAAAGGGUCAUCUGACAGGUAGUCUAAGCUGUAUGUAUCUGCCCAUGAGCCCAAUGAGGGGUACCCUUAUUCCAUGGGAAUGUGUAGAAACAACAUAUCUUGUACUAUUAAGCAUAGAUUUCGUUGCACAGUGUUAGAGGAAAGAACCGAUCAGAUAAAUUAUUAUGCCAGUGUGAUACUAUUAUAAAAGGUGCUAGAAUAGGUGGUUAGCCAAGUGCCAACAGUUCAACACAAUUAUCAAACUGAGCUUUUAUGAUGAAACUAGAGAGCCCGUGAGGCAAAUAAUUUCUGUUGAAAUGUGGAUUCACAAAUUUCACAGUAAUCAGUGCUGGUGAACUGGCAGCAUCUGAUACUGUUGUCAAACAUUGUUACAAAAGUGUUAGACGAUUACUGAAGGACAUGUGCUUUGACUAAUAGUGAAACCUUAAAAUGCUUUAACAUCAGAUAAUGUGUACCAGUGAAGAAACUUCAUUAUUAUUUAUGGCUGUUUCAACAAAAGACUGCUUCAUGAUCACUGAUGACAAAACUCUUGAGAUUGCAAUAAAAAAUAACAUACAUGGUUAUUUCUAUAGAAGGUAUGGACAGCAGAUGAAGUCGCUUUGUUUUCUUCUUGUAACUUGACAGUCAUUUUAGUGAUCAUGUAUUCGAUUAGUGGUAGAGCACCCUCCACUUAACAAUACCGCAUCUUAUCUGUUGUUCCACCCUCUCUCCACCCCACACAUCCCCUCCCCCAUGUCUGUAAAAGUGAGGGUUUUAGCAUUCUGGCCGGGACCACAGCUAGCCUUGUUGGGUAAUAACCAGAUCAGUUUUUGAUGCACCACCUGAUCACUUAAAAAGGUAAUUUUUUACUAUAGAAAAUGACUGUUAAAGUUGUGGAGUUAAAUGCGUAAAGAUUUUAACAAAGAUAGCAAAUCAUGUAAUGUCAGUAUUUUUGAUAUUUCUGGCAGGGAUGAAGGAAUGUGGGAUUAAUGUGUAAAACGCUGUUGGGAGUGGUGGAGGUUGGGAAUAGAUGAUUAAAUAAAUGUAAUUACAUUAAAUCAUUUUCUGCAAAUAUUACAUACAAAUUUUGUGGGUAGAUGACACAGCAGCUAAGACAUUCAGGUACCUGAGAAGAAAGAAAUUUUAAUUUGGUAAAGAGAUGGUACCAGUAGUAGCUUUGAUAGUAAAGACACCCUAUUAUGAGCAGAUCUUAAGACUGAAAUGCUGACUGGUUCUAUUAAAUAUUUUGAAAAAAUAUCACUAAUAAAAUGUCAUUUACAUUGUGGCAGCUAAUGGAGCAGCAUACCUCUGAGAGACCACCUUCUUUUUUAGAUAUGAACUAGGAAACACAUGGGGAAACUAGAAGACUCUCAUUUGGCUUUAAUUGCUGGGUAUUUUAGCUAUGAAAUUCUCUAUCAAAUUCGACUGAAAGUAGCAGCAGUGUGCUCAGAUUCUUGAUAUAACCUAUUUUGAUGCAAAGAUGAUGUUGUGAAUAACAUUAAAAAUCUGGACAAAAUCUGUAAUCUUGGUUGAAAUGGAGGUAAGGUGAGAAGUCAUAGAUAAAUAAGAAAGCUAUUAAAAGUCUGUAAUUUUAUGGCCGGCAGCAAAAGUGUCAUGCACAUUUGCCGGUUAUGCUGGUCAGUGCAAAUCCUUUCCAUACAUGUAUCAAAAAAUUGAACUCUUUUUAUCUGGUGUAAAAUGUUACUAGAUGAAGUAAAUGUUGUUGUUGUUGUUGUAUGUGUUUCGUAUGAAGUUGUGUGGUACUUGUACAAAACAUUUUUGGGUAGUAAAGCAUUUUCUAUCUGAUAGGAAACUAUGAAAGGUUUUUUUCCCCCCCACGAAUGGUUGUUUCAGUGUCGAAAAGCAUGUGGAGUAUCAUAAUUGUUGAACAUAAUUUAUAUAGCAAUUUUUUGUGUAAUACCUCAUAUGGAAAUUAUAUUGUGAUAUAACAAUUUAUUCCCAAACCUCUGAUGGGAUAUUUAAUGCAUGUUUGUUGUAAACGUUUUGUUGAACUUCUUGAAAUUUGUAUUAUAAUGUUAAGUAGUACUUGAAAUGUUGAGAAUCUCUUAACAGUUUUUUUGCACAUUUUGUCUGUAUAUAUCACCCCAUAUUGUAAUGUGGAGAAUUUUCUUUCUCAGCUCUGUUAAAUAAGAUAAACAGAAGCCAUAUUCACAGAAGUGCCUGUUCCAGUAAUUUUGCACAUAAUAUUUAGGCAUUGUGUGGUACAAUCACAAACAGCUAAUUUACAAAGUGCCUGUAUAUUGAGGAAACUUAUGAUAUAACAUUGGUUUACUUCUUCAGCUCAUAUAGCCAUACCAGAAAAAUAGUGAAAAUCACAUGCUAUUCACAUUCCAUUUAACUGAAUAAAUAUAAUUAAUGCAUUUGACAUCACAGUUGUUUUGCUGAAGCUGAAUGCUAACUUUUUUCCUGUAAUAAGUUUCUUACAGUGUGUGCCACAAGAAUCCUUACACUUCUAUUUGUUUUUUUGUAAAUAAAAUGAAAAUAAAAUUGUGAUAGCAAAAGAUUAUAUAUAUAUAUAUAUAAAAUAAAUGUUGUAUAUAUGGAUAGUUUGUAUUCACACCCAGAAAAUUAUAAAGCAAUUGUGGUGCUUUGUGAUGUACUUUUUAAAAGAAAUUUAAAGACUUGUUUUAUGUGUCUGGUGUAGAUAAAGCUGUUAUUGGGAAUAUCACCAUCUUUCCACUGUUAAUGUGUGUUGUGUAGGUAAUGUACUCGAUUUUGAAGGGACCAGAGGUACAAAAUUUGUAACUUCAGAGUUUAUUUUGGAUUGCUUGUGAUUUGAUCAAAAUGUUCUAUCAUUAGAACAAUUUCCUUUAAUUCAUAUACUGUGAUUCACCGAAUUUGUAUGGAAGUAUGCUUACUGUGUACUUGAAGAUCUAUAGUCUCUCAUUCAUAUUUUAAUGGAAAAGAAGGAAAACUUGUGAAAUUUUCAUUAAUAGUAUUCUAGUUGAGUAUAUAUACAUACACAAUACAAGGUGAUUGAUGCAGUUUGUAUGAGAUGUGAUCCACAGAAUAAAAACAUAUUGAAAAUUGAAAA